AUGGCAGGCCCGCGGCUGGAGCCCGAGCUGGCUCGGCAGCUCUUCUUCGAGGGCGCGGCGGUCGUGAUGCUGGGUGUGCCGGAGGGCACCGAGUUCGGCAUCGAUUACAGCAGCUGGGUCGUGGGUCCCCGGUUCCGCGGCGUCAAGAUGAUCCCCCCGGGCGUCCACUUCCUGCACUGCAGCGCGGGCCGGGCGGGCGGAGGGCGGGAGACAGGGCCCCGGACCGGCUUCUUCCUCAGCCUGCAGCGCCGGGAGGUGCGGGUGCUGCGCUGGGACGCGGCCCGAGAGGCGGUGGUCCCGGCGGCCCCGGGCGCGGGGGAGGCCGAGGCCUUCCGGGAGAACCUGCAGGAGAUGGAUCGGUUCCUGGGGCCCUACCCCUACGAGACGCUGAAGAAGUGGGUCUCCCUCACCAGCUUCAUCGGCGAAGCGGCCAUGAAGAAGCUGCAGCCGGAGAGCGGCCAGAUCUGCGCCUUCGCGGAGGUGCUGCCGGUCGCGGCGGGGAGGCACACCCGAGACCGGGCGGAGCAGCGCUUGCCCCCCGUGGACGCCGAGUGCCGGAGCUACGCCGAGGGCAUGGCGCGCCUGCCCCGCAUGGAGCCGAAAGCCGGCACCGAGAUCAGAUUCACGGAGCUGCCCAAGCAGAUGUACCCCGAGGGUGCCACUCCGGAGGAGAUAACCAGGCACAGCAUGGACCUCAGCUACGCUCUCGAGAAGGUGAUUAACCAGCGCUACGCCAGCCAGCCUCUGGAGCUGCUCGCUGAGUUGCAGUUUGCUUUCAUCUGCUUCCUGAUCGGGAACGUGUACGACGCCUUCGAGCACUGGAAAAGGCUCCUGAACAUCCUCUGCCGCUCUGAGGAUGCCAUGGGGAGGUACCAGGAGCUGUACAGCAGCCUCAUUUCUGUGCUCUACCACCAGCUCAACGAAAUCCCAGCUGAUUUCUUCGUGGACAUUGUCUCCCAGGACAACUUUUUAACCAGCACCUUACAG